GGUACGUAGUAGUGUGCGGGAGGGAAGUCUAGACUAGGUAAUCUCUGGCAAACCCUAGUAGACGGCUCAAGCGAACCAAUAAUUACCGUUUACCCCAAAGCUUCAGCAGUCAUCGGCUAACUAACUACCGGUACCUGCCACGGCUGCGAGGUAGCAGGAUGAGGUGAUGUGCCUUGUCGGAUGUGUACUCUGUAGUCUUGCAUCCUUGUCGACCGUGUGUAGCCAGGACAGUUGUUGUUGGCGUUGGGAAGUCCCCACAAGGCAGCGUCUCCAUCCAUUACUUCAUCCCAAGACCUCUCACGCUCAGUUUUACAGUACACCCGGGCUGCAUGAAAACGACGUCAGACCUUGGCACGGGUUCCUCAGACCAACUGUCGCAUCUCGGUCCGCCGCUGAUCGAGGGUCCGGAUGGCGCCCGGUGCGGGGCAGGAGUCCAUCGUUCGUCGUCCGUCCAAGCAAGCCAGACCACGCCCCCUCCUCCUUGAGUUCGGUGGAUUUAGUUUGAUGAAGUUGAUGCCGCUGUUCCCGGGUGACGAGGGAGGUUUAGUUACGAGAUAUCCCAU